AUGGACAAGAGAACAUGUUCAGUCAUUCUUAUAGUUUGUGCGUUGGCAAUUGCCCUCCAAGUUUUUGUCUUAAUCCCAUUAUCACCUGAUAUUCUCCAUCUUCCUCCAACCUCUUCGACUUUGCUUGCCCCAUCAAACAGCAAGUUACAGGAAGUGGAUAAACUUGGAGAAGGGCUUUUGAAGAAACCAGAAGCCAUUGCUGUGGACAAAAUGGGAGUUCUUUAUACAGCUACAAGAGAUGGUUGGAUCAAAAAAUUGUACAGAAAUGGAUCAUGGGACAAUUGGAAGCAUAUUGACAGUGAUACUUUACUUGGAAUAACUACAACAGCAGCUGGUGAUCUCGUUGUAUGCGACGCAGAGAAUGGUUUGCUCAAGGUUGGAGAAGAUGGGGUAACAGUUCUUGCAUCCCGUGUUAAUGGUGUCAAAAUAAGGUUUGCAGACGAUGUUGUAGAGUCAGCAGAUGGUAAUUUGUACUUCAGCAUUGCAAGUACAAAAUUUGGCCUCCAUGAUUGGCACCUUGACGUGCUCGAGGCAAAGCCUCAUGGGCAGCUUUUAAUGUACAAUUCUUCAUCAAAUGAGACGUCUAUUUUGCUUGAUAAUCUUGCCUUCGCAAAUGGUGUUGCUCUCUCUGCAGAUCAAGAUUUCUUGAUCGUUUGUGAAACUUGGAAAUUUAGGUGCUUAAAAUAUUGGCUAAGAGAGGAAAAGAUGGGACAAACUGAGUUAUUUAUUGACAAUCUUCCUGGUGGACCUGAUAACAUAAAUCUUGCUCCAGAUGGCUCUUUUUGGAUUGCUUUGUUACAGCUGGUUCCUAAUGGGCUGGAAUUUGUGCACAGAUCAAGAACACUGAAACACAUUUUAAUGUGCUUCCCUAAAUUAAGCAAAUGGGCAAUUGGUGUCAACAACAAAGCAACUGUCAUCAAUGUAGCAAGUGAUGGCAAGAUAAUAAGGAGCUUUGAUGAUCCAACAGGAAAGGUUAUGUCCUUCGUAACAUCUGCACUGGAGUUUGAAAAUCAUUUGUAUUUGGGAACUCUUAAUUGUGAUUUCAUAGGAAAACUGCAGUUGACAACACCAUGA